AGUAACGCCGGAUCCUUAACCCGCUGAGCGGAGCCAGGAAUUGAACCCGUAUCCUCAUGGAUACUAGCCGGGUGCAUAAACCGAUGAACCACAAUGGGAACUCCCUGGACGUCAAUUUAAACGCAACGCUUGUCACCCUCCUCUGAGUGUCUCUGCGUCUUAGUAUCUGCUGUUUUCCACCUCCCAGCCUUCCCACGGGCUCUGCUUUCUGCGCUGAUUCACCGCACCUGCUUGCGCAGCCCUGCCUUAGCCGCCGCCGCCAAAGUAGCGACAUUUUCUGGCCGCUUGUUCUUUACUCUUCAGGACUUAGCAGAGCUCGUGAUAACUCCCCCUUUCAGACCACCGUCUCUUCCCAUCAUCCCUGUCCACCAUCGCCCCACCAUUUCCCCCGUCAUCCCCCACACCAUCCCCCUCACCCCACUCCUCCCGGACCAGCACAGUCCACUCCUGUCUCCCCAUGGCCUGUUCUCUCCCAAGCCUCCCAGGGGGCGCCCUUGAGCACCGAGUGGGCGCGUCCCUGUUCUGCCCUCAGGGUGACAGCUGAACCCCCCAGCGCCCUCCGUGCCUGCAAGGCCUGACCCACCCAUCACCUGGUCUUUACUCCCUCCCUUUGUGCUGGCUCUUCCUCUACCGGGAUGCUCUUCUCUCUUCAAGUAUCUGUUCAAGUGUCUUUCCUGGAAGUCCCUCUCACCCCCUACCCCGCUGCUGUUUCCUCCACAGGGCCCACCUCUAGCCAACUUGUCCUCUUGUUGACUGUCGGUCCCUCUCUGCCCAGUGUCAGCUUCGCAGGGCAGGGGUUUUGACUGGUAUGUUCACUGCACAGGGCCCUGGCACACAGUAGGUGUUUAAUAAAUGUUUGGUAAAUGGCUGAAAGUUUGUUUAGGUUUGGUGUCUCCCUAUUAAUCCCCUCUGUGCCCAGCGCCCAGCUCAGAGGCCAGCAAACAGCAGACGCUCAGCCAGUGUUUGCUGAAUGACUAAUAGCGGAACGCGCGGCCAGGGCCUCUGAGAAGGCGCUGUCCAAACGGGCAGCCCGCUGUUGCCGAAGGGCAGCGCCCCACUCCGUCCCCCAGAGAUUGUACCCUCUGUGGAACCCCGCCUACCCGGAGCCCAUUUCCCAACACCGGAACGCCUCCCCAGCUUCCGUCACAACCCUUCUCUGCUCUUCUCUCACCCCAGAGACCCCUCCCUCACCUCUACGGUUCCCCAACCCUUCGGAGUCCUGCCUCUCCCCUUCAUUCUCUGCUCACUUUUGUCCCUUCUCCCAUAUCUCUCACCCUGGAUCGCCUCACGCCGCUCCUCCCAAGUCUCAAUCCAUCGAGACUCCCAUGCAGGUCCCCCAGACGCCCCUCAUGUGCUCCUUUAGCGUUAGAAUCCCCUCCUAGGCUCCUCUGUGCGACCCCUUCCCGCCCCUUGCUCUGCGCAGGCGCAGGGCGUCCCAGCCGGUUACCCCCCCACCCCUGGCGGCCGAGGGGCGGGGCGCGGGCUGGUCGAGGCAGCCGCGGCUCCAUGGGGCUUCUGGGGCUGCUGAGCCUGCUGCACUCGGCAUUCUUCCGGGACCAGGCACUGCAAGAGCUGAAGAUGACAAGCUCUGUGGCACCCUACGAGCAGCUAGUGCGGCAGGUGGAGGCCUUGAAGGCUGAGAACAGUCACCUGAGGCAGGAGCUUCGUGAUAACUCAAGCCACCUAUCCAAGCUGGAGAAUGAGACGUCAGGCAUGAAGGAGGUCCUGAAGCACUUACAGGGCAAGCUGGAGCAGGAGGCCCGAGCGCUGGUGUCCUCGGGGCAGACGGAAGUGCUGGAGCAGCUGAAAGCCCUGCAGAUGGACAUCACUAGCCUGUACAACCUCAAGUUCCAGCCCCCGGCUCUGGCCCCUGAGCCUGCUGCCCGGACCCCUGACGGAAGUCCGGUACACAGCUCUGGGCCCUCUAAGGACAACUUUGGGGAGUUGAGCCGGGCUACCAUCCGGCUGCUGGAGGAACUAGACCGGGAACGGUGUUUCCUGUUGAAUGAGAUUGAGAAGGAAGAGAAGGAGAAGCUCUGGUAUUACUCGCAGCUGCAGGGCCUGUCCAAGCGUCUGGACGAGCUCCCACACGUGGAAACGUUCUCGAUGCAGAUGGAUCUGAUUCGGCAGCAGCUAGAGUUCGAGGCCCAGCACAUUCGCUCGCUGAUGGAGGAGCGCUUCGGCACCUCGGACGAGAUGGUGCAGCGGGCCCAGAUCCGUGCCUCCCGCCUGGAGCAGAUCGACAAGGAACUACUGUCCGCGCAGGACCGGGUGCAGCAGACCGAGCCCCAGGCCUUGCUGGCAGUGAAGUCAGUGCCAAUGGACGAGGACCCUGAGACUGAGGUCCCCACGCAUCCUGAGGAUGGUGCCCCUCAACCUGGCAAUAGCAAGGUGGAGGUGGUCUUCUGGCUGCUGUCCAUGUUGGCGACGCGUGACCAGGAGGACACGGCACGGACGCUGCUGGCUAUGUCCAGCUCACCUGAGAGCUGCGUGGCCAUGCGCCGCUCCGGCUGCCUGCCGCUGCUACUGCAGAUUCUGCACGGCACUGAGGCGGGGGUUGGGGGUCGUAACGGAGCCCCAGGGGCUCCAGGAGCCAAGGACGCGCGCAUGCGCGCCAACGCAGCGCUGCACAACAUCGUCUUCUCCCAGCCGGACCAGGGUCUGGCGCGCAAGGAGAUGCGCGUCCUGCAUGUGCUUGAGCAGAUCCGCGCCUAUUGUGAGACCUGCUGGGACUGGCUGCAGACCCGCAACAGCGGGCCAGAGGGAGCCGGCGCCGGCGGCGCUCCAGUCCCCAUUGAGCCGCAAAUCUGCCAGGCCACCUGCGCCGUGAUGAAGCUGUCCUUCGACGAGGAAUACCGCCGCGCCAUGAACGAGCUGGGCGGGCUGCAGGCUGUGGCAGAGUUACUGCAGGUCGACUAUGAGAUGCACAAGAUGACCCGGGACCCUCUCAACCUGGCCCUGCGCCGAUAUGCUGGCAUGACCCUCACCAACCUCACCUUUGGGGAUGUCGCCAACAAGGCCACACUGUGUGCCCGGCGGGGCUGCAUGGAGGCCAUCGUGGCCCAGCUGGCAUCUGAGAGCGAGGAGCUGCACCAGGUCGUUUCCAGCAUCUUGCGCAACCUGUCUUGGAGGGCUGACAUCAACAGCAAGAAGGUGCUGAGGGAGGUGGGCAGCGUGACCGCCCUGAUGCAAUGCGUCCUUCGAGCCUCCAAGGAGUCCACCCUGAAAAGUGUGCUCAGCGCCCUGUGGAACCUCUCAGCUCACAGCACAGAGAACAAGGCUGCCAUCUGCCAGGUGGACGGCGCCCUGGGCUUCCUGGUGAGCACACUGACCUACAAGUGCCAGAGCAACUCACUGGCCAUCAUCGAGAGCGGCGGUGGCAUCCUGCGCAACGUGUCCAGCCUCAUCGCCACGCGGGAGGACUACAGGCAGGUGCUGCGGGACCACAACUGCCUGCAGACACUGCUGCAACACCUGACUUCGCACAGCCUGACCAUCGUGAGCAAUGCCUGUGGCACGCUCUGGAACCUGUCUGCCCGUAGCCCUCGCGACCAGGAGCUACUGUGGGACCUGGGCGCCGUGGGCAUGCUGCGCAACCUGGUACACUCGAAGCACAAGAUGAUCGCCAUGGGCAGUGCUGCCGCCCUGCGCAACCUGCUGGCCCACCGGCCUGCCAAGUACCAGGCAGCCGCCACUGCCAUCUCCCCCGGCGCCUGUGUGCCCAGCCUGUAUGUGCGCAAGCAGCGGGCUCUGGAAGCAGAGCUGGAUGCGAGGCACCUGGCACAGGCGCUCGAUCACCUGGAAAAGCAGGGCCUUCCUGAGGCCGAGGCUGCCUCCAAGAAGCCACUGCCACCCCUGCGGCACCUGGAUGGCCUCGCCCAGGACUACGCCUCUGACUCGGGCUGCUUCGACGAUGAUGAUGCACCCUCCCUGGCUGCUGCCGCAGCCACUGCCACAGCCGAGCCUGCCAGCCCCGCCAUGCUGUCCCUCUUCCUGGGCAGCCCCUUCCUGCAGGGGCAGGCACUGGCCCGUGCCCCCACUGCCCGCCGUGGUGGCCUGGAGACAGAGAAGGAGACCGGGGGGGAGGCAGCCGUGGCAGCCAGGGCCAAGGCCAAGUUGGCACUGGCAGUGGCGCGUAUCGACCGGCUGGUGGAGGAUAUCUCUGCCCUGCACACCUCGUCUGAUGACAGCUUCAGCCUCAGCUCUGGGGAUCCUGGGCAGGAGGCCCCACGGGAGGGCCGUGCCCAAUCCUGCUCACCCUGCCGGGGGCCCGAUGGUGGACGGCGGGAGGCCAGUAGCCGAGCUCACCCGCUGCUGCGGCUCAAGGCAGGGCACACCAGCCUCUCCAAUGACAGCCUUAACAGUGGCAGCACCAGUGACGGGCACUGUCCCCGUGAGCACUCGCGGCCCUGUCCUCUGGUCACACUGGCUGAGCACCGAGAGGGGCCUCCGUGUGGUCAGGCACGGCCUAGCCGGCUUGACCUUGGCCUGGCCAGUGGCAAGGCUGAGCUGGCAGCCCGGGACACCACAGCUACAGAUGCCCAUGUGCGCACCAUCAAGCUGUCACCUACUUACCAGCAUGUGCCACUGCUUGAGGGCACAACCAGGGCGGGUGCAGGGUCCCUGGCCCCUGGGGCCCGUAAACAGGCCUGGCUGCCCACAGAGGGCCUAAGCAAAGCGCCUGAGAAGCUGGCAGUGGAGACGGCACCUCUCAGCCUGUCCCACUGCAGCUCCCUGUCCUCACUGUCCUCGGCCGGCCGCCCAGGGCCCAGUGAGGCUGGGGACCUGGACGACAGUGAUUCGUCCCUGGAGGGGCUAGAGGAGGCCGGUCCCAGUGAGGCAGAACUGGAGGGGGCCUGGCGGGGGCCAGUGGCUGCCUCCCUGCCCAUGGCCAUCCCGGCACCCCGGCGGGGCCGGGGCCUGGGGCUGGAGGACGCCACUCCCUCCAGCUCAUCUGAGAAUUGCGUGCAGGAGACCCCACUGGUGCUGAGCCGCUGCAGCUCGGUCAGCUCACUGGGCAGCUUUGAGAGCCCAUCCAUUGCUAGUUCUAUUCCCAGUGACCCAUGCAGCGGGCUGGGCAGCGGCACAGUAAGCCCCAGUGAACUGCCCGACAGCCCUGGGCAAACAAUGCCACCAAGCCGCAGCAAGACGCCACCGCUGGCCCAGGCACCACCAGGCGAGCGUGAGGCCACCCAGUUCAGCCUGCAGUGGGAGAGCUAUGUGAAGCGCUUCCUGGACAUUGCUGACUGCCGUGAGCGCUGCCGGCUGCCAUCGGAGCUAGACGCAGGCAGUGUGCGCUUUACUGUAGAAAAGCCCGAUGAGAACUUCUCCUGUGCUUCCAGCCUCAGUGCAUUAGCCCUGCAUGAGCUCUAUGUACAGAAGGACGUGGAGCUGCGGCUGCUGCCCCCCACCUGCCCAGAGCGCAGCAGCGGUGGAGGUGGAGGCCCUGGACACCGGCGGCGGGAUGAGACUGGUGGUUGCCUGGAAGGGCCACCAUCCACAGACCAGGAGCUGGAGCUUCUGCGCGAGUGCUUGGGUGGGGCCGUGCCCGCCCGGCUCCGCAAGGUGGCCUCAGCACUGAUGCCUGGCCGCCGUGCGCUGCCUGUGCCCGUCUACAUGCUUGUGCCUGCCCCGGCCCGGGAGGACGACUCCUGCACUGACUCGGCUGAUGGCACACCUGUCAACUUCUCCAGUGCUGCCUCACUCAGCGAUGAGACGCUGCAGGGACCCUCUAGGAACAGCGGGCAUGUGGAGGGGGAGAAGCCUGCAGGCCGCGCCACCCCCUCCAGGCAGCCUACUGGGCACCGGCACAGGGCAGGAGGUGUGGGCCGCAGCUUGGAGAAGCCCUGGGGGGCUGGCAGGAGCCGGGCAGGGCUGGACCUACCCCUCCGCCGGCCCCCGAGCACCUGUGGGGAUAAAGAUGGCUCCCGCCCAGGCCGGGCGCAUGGGGACGGGGCCCUGCAGUCUCUGUGCCUCACAACACCCACUGAGGAGGCUGUGUACUGCUUCUACGGCAAUGAUUCGGAUGAGGAGCCAUCCACAAGGGUGGCAGCAGCGCCCCCGCGGAGGGCAUCGGCAAUCCCCAGGGCAGUGAAGAGGGAGCGCCUAGUUGGGGGCAGGAAGGAGGUGCAAGCUGUGCCCAAGGCCGCGCCCAAGGCCGCACCACCUGCCCGGGCUCAGCCUAGCCUCAUCGCAGACGAAACACCACCAUGCUACUCCCUGAGCUCCUCAGCUAGCUCCCUCAGUGAUCCUGAGCCCUCUGAGCAUGCAGCCAACCGGCCCCGAGCCCGUGAGCCAGGGGUCACCAAAGACCAGGGCCCAGGGGGCAGGAGGGAUGGCUCCCCCAGCCCUCGGGCAGAGGCAGAGCUGCUGCGGCGCUGCAUUGGCUCAGCCAUGCCCAGGCGCCAGCCCCAGGUGUCCGGCCCCAGACGUCGCCAGCCCCCCCAGCCCCAAGCUGCACAGUCGGAGGAGCGGCCGGCAGAGGGGCCCCGGGAGCUGGGAGAAGAGGCGGCGGGCUCCGACCGAGCCUCAGACCUGGACAGUGUUGAGUGGCGGGCCAUCCAGGAGGGCGCCAACUCCAUUGUCACCUGGUUGCACCAGGCCGCAGCAGCAGCCACCCGAGAGGCCUCGUCUGAGUCAGAUUCUGUUCUGUCCUUUGCAUCGGGGCUGUCAGUGGGCUCCACCUUACAGCACUCUCUGCACAGGAAAGGGCGACGGCCAAGGGCAGAAGGCCAGGCAGGCAGUACCAAGCGGCCAGAGAAAGGGGACGCGGCCCUUGCCCAGCGCAGCAGCGGCCCAGAGAAGCCACGUGGCACUCAGAAGACUGCAUCAGGGGUGCCAGCUGUGCUCCGGGGACGGACGGUGAUCUACGUGCCCAGCCCAGCCACCCGGGCCCAGCCCAGAGGUGCCCCCAGCCCCCGAGCUGUGCCGAGAAAGAUGGGAGCCCCAAGCGCUGUGCAGCCAGCAGCCCCUGGCCCUGGACAGCAGCGGUCUCGGAGCCUGCACCGGCCAGGCAAGAUCUCGGAACUGGCAGCACUGAGCCCCCCUCAAAGGAGCGCCACGCCACCGGCCCGCCUGGCCAAAACCCCUUCAUCGAGCUCCUCACAGACCUCCCCCGCCUCCCAGCCUCUGCCCAAGAGAUCACCCCCGGCUGCCCAGGCUACAGGGCCCCUGCCUGGCCCUGGGGCCUCUCCAGUGCCCAAGACUCCUGCACGAGCCCUGCUGGCCAAACAGCACAAGACACAGAAGUCACCCGUGCGGAUCCCCUUCAUGCAGAGGCCUGCCAGGCGGGGGCCGCCACCGCUGGCCAGGGCAGCCCCGGAGCCAGGCCCCAGAGGCCGGGCAGGGUCUGAGGUAGGCCCGGCCACUCGAGGGGGCCGCCUGGGUCUGGUGCGUGUGGCCUCCGCGCGCUCCACCGGCAGCGAGUCCUCGGACCGCUCUGGUUUCCGGCGGCAGCUGACCUUCAUCAAGGAGUCGCCCGGCCUGCUGCGCCGUCGACGCUCUGACCUUUCUGCACCGGAGGCCGCCACCCCCGCCACCCAGGCCGGCUCGCCCCGCCGUGGCCGGCCAGCACUACCCGCCGUCUUCCUCUGCUCCUCGCGCUGUGACGAGCUGCGGGCCCCCCGGCAGGCCCCAGCUUCCCAGCGUCCCCCCGCAGCCCGGACAGGCGCCGGCGAGCGGCCGCCCCGACGCACGAGCUCCGAGAGCCCUUCCCGCCUGCCCGUCCGCACGCCGGCAGCCCGGCCCGAGACAGUCAAGCGCUAUGCCUCCCUGCCUCACAUCAGCGUGGCCCGCAGGCCCGACGCCGCCGCACCCAGGCCCGUGGUGGACGCCGCUCGCCGCAGCAGCGAUGGGGAGGCCCGGCCGCUGCCCAGGGUGGCCGCGCCGAGCACCACGUGGCGUCGCAUCCGGGACGAGGACGUCCCGCACAUCCUGCGGAGCACUCUGCCCGCCACUGCCCUGCCACUGAUAGGCUCCUCGCCCGAGGAGGGUCCGGCCGGGCCACCACAGCGCAAGACCAGCGACGCCGUAGUCCAGACAGAAGACUUCGCUGCCACCAAGACCAACUCCAGCACUUCCCCCAGCCUGGAGAGCAGGGCCCCCCCUCAGGCCACGGCCAGUGGCCCCACCUCUCUACUCGGCAGCGACGUCGACGGGCCAGGCCCCACCAAGGCGCCCGCCACCGCCCCCUUCAUCCACGAGGGCCUGGGGGUGGCUGCAGGGGUCUUCCCCGCCAGCCGGCACGGCUCCCCCAGCCGCGCAGCCCGCGUUCCCCCCUUCAACUAUGUGCCCAGCCCCAUGGUGGCCGCUACCACUGACUCGGCCGUGGAGAAAGCCCCCGCCCCCGCCCCCACAAGCCUCCUGGAAUAGCGGCCAGGGGUGGCCUUCCAGAACAUCCUCUACAGGCUCAGGGCCCGUCUGGCUGCCCAGAAAGUGGUCCCAGGACCCGCUUGCCCGCUGGGGCCCCCUGCCCUCCGGGCCUCACUCCCGCCCGCAUGGGCUUCACACUCACUCGUAGACGCUUGCUUCUGUGCCGAGGGGGCUCAGGAAGUGAGCUGUAGGCCGGACUUCGAGUCCCCGCCACGGAGAGCCCAGGCCCCAGCCUGGGGCUGUCCUCAUUGGUGCCCUCCUGGGCUCCCGACCUCCCGGGGCUCAGCAUCAGCUCGACACUUACCUCCCCUUAUCCUCCUCUCUCGACUGCCGCAGGGCCGACAGUGCCCGCCGAGGUCGUGGGCGGGGCUGGGGAGGGCGGCGCCAGAGGGAGCUGCUAGCUUGGGGCUGAGGCAACGCCGGCGCAGGAGGAAGCCUGUAAUUAGGGGCAGGGCCGGGUAAUUUGUUAAUUACGGUUUAGCCAGUUUGUUUGCCUCGGCAGCGGCAGCUGGGCGCUUGAGGAAGGGGUGUGGCUGAGCCGCACCGAAAGGCAACCCCCACCCCAGACAGCGAGGUGUAGGGAGCCUGGAGCGCCCCCGCAACAGUCCUAGGGAGCAAGGAGAGGAAGGAGUACAGAAGGGAGGACUCUGGCUGACGCCGGCGAAGUACAAAGGGGAGGAGGCCAAGGAGACUCUCGGCAGCGUGAGCCCCGGGACCUGGCUGGCCGCCCUCGCAUCCCCAGCCAGGACCGCACUCUACCAGAGGAGGUCUUGGCAGGCGCCGGUCCUGCCACCCGACUUUCCCUUUUCAAUCUCAUUCUCCUUUUCGACGCUUGAAGCCCUGCAUCUGUGGGUUCCGUGCCGGGCGGGGCCUCCUCCCUGUGGGACAGCACGGCUGCAAGAAUCGGAGCGUGGAGCCUGGGGGCCUGGAACCAAAGCCCACAGAAGAUAGAGGAGGUCCCAGAGGCCGGCAGGAGAGAGCGGGACCGGAAGGGGCCGCCCCAGGGGGUGUGGUUAGUCUCCACCCCAGUGCAUCUUCUGCAGGAAAAGCCGACCACCUCUUCCUUGCAGAACCGGACUUUGAAAGGGAGCUGCUACCCGCCUGCGAACCUGCUGUCACAGCUGCCCUGCAGAGCUAAUCCUGGGGGACAGGGGACAAUGUGACAACUUACUAUCCCUUCUCCGGGAGGAGGGGGAGUGGGGUUAAGUCAAAAGAAAAUACUCAAGGAGUCCCGUCUCCACCCAUAGGCACCACUGUCCCUACCUAUCCCUCAGACACUGUGCUGCUGCUUAAAACACACAGACCAUGCUGCAUCCCCCCCGUCACAGGCAUCAGGGCUCUGGCUGGGGGCCCAAAGACAGGACAUGGGAAGGAACGGCUGCAGGCUGCACCAAAUGCUCCUCCUGUGACCUCGACUAUGUCUGCUAGGGCAUCUCCCAGGGCAAGCUGGCAGUGUGUGUGUUCGCACACUUGUGUCUGAGCAGGCUGCUGCCAACCAACCGCCACCACUGACCCUGACCCUGAUAGGAUCAGAGCUUCUCAGAAACUGCCCAUCCUUGUCCCCAUCAGUACCCUGAAGGGCAGGCCUGGCUGGUCUUCUGAGCUCCUUCAAUUUCGGGGCUGCAGGGACACUGGCUCCCCCCAUCACCAUGGGCCAGGCCAGCCUGCCCUGGAAAUGGGGGGCCCACUGCGGCUCACCCAGCCAUUGCAGCAGCCACACACUGUGAGACAGGGGCGGUGCUCUGGCCACCGUGUGCCUGCUUCCCUGUGUGGGCCAUGGGGAGAACUCCCAGACCUACCUCUCUGGCCAGCAGAGCAGCUGCCAUGACUAGUGGCAGAGGACCCUCCUGGCCGCCCCUCUGCCUGCCUUGGGCAUCCCUUCUGCAGGCAGAGGCAGGGCCUGGCCUACCCUCGUCCAGCAGCCACUUCUGCCUUCUCCACUCCCUUGCACCGGGGCCCAGCCACGCCUUGUAGUCCAGCCCCGGGGGCCAGUGGGGGCCUGGGGCCCUGGGUAGAGUGGAUUCCUGAAGGAGGCAGUGCAGGCAGUCGUUGGACAAGCAGCCUGAGGUGGAUAGGAGCUGGAGGACCAAGGACUAAGGGCCCAAAACGCUCCCAGUCAAGCCUGGACCCCUUAGGACACUGGUUGGCCACCUGCCAAGGCAACCCGAGCCUGGGAGCUCAGCCCAGGGGCAGAUGGACACCAUGAGCUGGGUGCUGAGUUCGGGGCAUUACCUCACCCCCGCUGCCCCGCCGGCUGCUGCCUGAGCCCAGCUUGGCUCGCCCCCGCCACCCUGCGUCGCCUUCCUGGGUCCUGAGUCUUUGCAGCGCUACAGACAUGUGUAAAUACUUACAACCCAUCCCCUCACCAACGUAAAGCCAUUAUCCGGCGGAAAGAGGCUGCGAAACCAGGCGUCUCACGUGCACCUUUAAUAAACAGCUGUUGAAUCACGC